CUCGAGGGCGGGCCGUAUGGUCUAGAGCGCGUGCGCGACCGUAGAACCAACAAAAAAGUUUGCAUUAGUUGUGAGACACUGGAGGAGGAAAAUGGGCAGAGUGAUUGUUUUUGUCGCUCUUUUUGGUAUUUUACUUGCGGUGUUUGCAGCGAGCUUUAUCUCUUUAAGGAGUAGAAUCUGGGCUACUAGGGAAUUAAAACAAAAUCAUCUUCCCAACUGUCAGUACCUUAAAGGAAUUGCAUAUGGAUCAGAAGAUAUUGCCAUUCUACCAAAUGGACUGGCAUUGAUCAGUUCGGGGCUGAAAUAUCCUUUAUCGCAAAACUUUGCUCCUGAUGUACCAGGCAAAAUGUUUGUUCUGGAUUUGGAGGGGGAUGUCCUAAAACCAGUUGAACUCCGAAUCAGCCAUGGAUUUGACAUGCAGUCAUUUAACCCACAUGGAAUCAGCACCUAUAUUGAUCAUACAGAUGACACUGUGUACGUGUUUGUUGUCAAUCAUCUUCACCCUCAAUUUACAAGUCAGAUUGAACUAUUCAAAUUCCUUGAAGAGGACAACACUCUAAUUCACCUGAAAACUAUAAAGCAUGAAUUGCUGCUUAAUGUGAAUGAUAUAGUAGCAAUUGGACCAGAGACUUUCUAUGCUUCUAGUGAUCACUACUUUACAGAUUCAAUUUUACGUAUUUUUGAAAAAAUUUUUGGUUUGGCAUGGUGUAAAAUUAUCUACUACAGUCCAGGAGAAGUGAUAAAUGCUGCAUCAGACUUUGGGGGUGCAAAUGGAAUUAACAUCUCUCCUGAUGGAAGAUAUAUUUAUGUUGCUGACUUUCUUGAUAGCAUUGUGCAUGUAUUGGAGAUUCAAGACAACAAGACUUUGACUCGUGUGAAGGCAAUUCACAUUGGCAGUUUACCUGAUAAUAUUCAUGUAGAUCAUGAAACUGGGGACCUGUGGAUUGGAUGCCACCCCAAUGGUUGGAAAUUUUUGUUUUAUAAUAAGGAUGAUCCUCCAGGUUCUGAGAUCUUGCGAAUUAAGAACAUUCAUUCUGAGAAGCCAGUAGUGACCGAGGUGUAUGCAGACAAUGGCAGUGUGAUUCAAGGAUCAUCAGUUGCUGCGAAUUACAAAGGAAAAGUCCUCAUUGGGACAGUCUUUCAUAAAGCCCUAUGCUGUGAUUUACAUUAGUCAAAUGAUUAGUACACAAUAUACUUUUUCAAUGUGAAGGGUUGGGGAUGGUGGGUAAGUGUUCAUGUUCAAGCUUAUCAGUUAGUGAGAAUCACAGAGUUUAACUUCAUUGGCUAUAUGAUAAUUUUCAGAUUUUUGAAUAUCCCAUUUCUUUGAAUUGAGAGAUUGCAGUAUACAUUAUUACACAAGAAUAAUGCAGUCGAAGCAAGACAUUUUUGCCCUUUGUGCAUCUGAAUGUAAUUUGAUCCUGCUGUUCCUUCUUUUCUAUGUAAGAUGUGUAAAACUGUAACAAUGUCCUACACUUACACUCAUGUUACUGUUCAUUUUAAAAUUACACUUCGUCCAGUUUAGUCAAUAUUACAAAAGUAUAUAAUUAUUUGUUUACAAUAAAGUGUUUUACAUGGAUUUUCUUUUUUUCAAACCUCAAUAAUAUAUUUAAUUUACAACGUAAAAUUCUCAAUGUACCAAGCACAUUUCCCUAAAUAAAUGUGAAUGCUUGUAAGCUGUUAACGUUGUUUAUAAUUCCUAUAAAGCAGUUUUUUCCUUAUGUUUUUUUUUUAAACUAAUAAAAUCUUUGCUCUAAAAAAAAGUUGAAAUGUACUAAUGGAAACGAUAUGAAAACUGUUGGUAGCAUAAUUUAAUCUUUUUUUGUUUUGAAAUAAACUAUUGAACAAACUAGGAUUAUAUUUUGGAGUGUAGAUUUACUUUUUAAUGAUGAAUACAUUGUGCAUUUAGCUGUUUCUUACACAUCUCUGAACUCUGACCAAGUAAUGGCAGAUUAAAGUAUAUGGAAAAAAUGGCUUAUUCUUUUUAUAUCAAAACUGUAUCCAUCUCAUGCAACACUGAUUCAAGGAUAUGUGUGUUUAAUGUAAAGCUAAUGUACAUAAAAAAAUAAAGUACAUGGAAGAGAGUUUUCAUUUUACCUACUAUUUGUUGUGACAGGUGCUAAAUGUUGACUAGUAUUUCAGCUAUGAAAUAUUAAUUUAUUCACACUAGAACAAAAGCAUAAUGAACACAGAAUGCAAAAGCAAAAUUACAGAUACAUGUCAUUAUCUUGCCCAAGAGUUCAGCACCAUUGUUACAUGAUUUAUUGGUAAACAGUACAGAAGCAGAUUCCAGUUUCCACAAGACCUGAUGUGUAGAUGAACACCCAAGACAAAGAUAGCACAACUUAGUUGAGUUACAAAUGUCUGUCCAUUUUGUGGAGAAGACCUCUGCCUAAUUUGCCAUCAUAAAGAUAAUGAUAUGAUUCAUGCUCUUCAGUUCUGAUUUAAGGUUCCAUCAAUUCCAAGGUAGAGGACAAUGUAAGUAAACAUAUCACCACUUAUAAUGUUCAGAUAAGUCACCCUCCUAUUUGAGAUUGACAAGACUAUCCAAUAUCAAUUUGCGAAUUGUUAUUCUUUUCUCCAUAUCUAGCUUCUUACAGUUUUCACUGAUCUGUUAUUUGAAAGGAAAUUCAUUCACAGUAGUUGUGGUAGAGGCAGCAGCAUUGUCAUGUGUGCAGAAUACAAUAACAUAUUUAGUUGCAUAAUAUGGACAUUACCAAGAACUCUGAGGAUGUGUCUGCCUCACAUACAGCAGAUUACAUCACCAACUUUGUGGAGCAGUGAAGAUACAAUUUUAGUUACUGAGUUUAUAAGCAUUUAAAAUUUCUUGGGUGUAGGAAAUGCUUUAGGGUCCGUAGAAAACCUGGAAUUUUUUUA